AUGAGCGAGGGCUUUUUAGAGCGUAAAAUAGAGGAACUGGAUAUACGGCCCUCCGCAGAGAGCAAGACAGUCGCCAAAUACGAAGUGAAGGGCCUGCGUCAGAUCCUACAGGAAGGCUACGAGCGAGCCGGAAGGGAGGCCACGCCGUCUAGCAACAACACGCUGGACGCAGUUUGCGACCGACCAUCGUUCGUACAAAAUCCUCAGACCCCGAUCGAAGAAAUCUUCCAGCUGCUACUAGACAGCGACAUCGUGGCGAAGCAGCGCGGCCUCGACUCGAUCGACCUCGCCCGCGAGCUCUUCACCGACCUGCUCAAGAUCACCACCCCAGACAACCUGCAGAUCUACCACAAUGCGCUCAGCAGAUCGGUGAUAUUCGGGGAGCGACAGUCGACGCAUUACCUGCGGACGCUCAACCAGAACGACACGUUCGAUGAUACCCUGACGAGGGAUAUGACGCAGUAUAUGAACAGCGAUUUCAAGGUCCAGCUGUUUCACGAUUGGUUUCCCAAUGUGGAUUUGGCCUCGUUUGCCGAUAUGCAGGUGAUCAGGCCCGAGCUGGAGAUGCUCAAGUGUAUGAAUAGCAGGGAGGUGAUGGAGGAUUUACUCCUGAAUCUUCCACGUUGA